AUGAUGUUGACCGCGGUAGUACUUAGCAGCUCUUGCAGCUAGCAGAGCUAGAUGUCUUCUUCUAAGUAGCGAUCAAACUAGUUGCGAAGCCAAUGUGGUACGAACAGCAUCAGGUAGUUCUUGACGAAAGUAAAUGAGUUUCAUCAACAUGUUGAAAUCUUCAAGAUGAGACGUCGGAGGUGGUGUGCAACAAGCCGGAAGCUCUUUCUACUCCGCACCAUGCCAGGUCUCUCGUCCCACCUGUCGCGGCUCCUUCUCUCGACUAGUAGCCUUUCGGCGCUAGAAGUCGAAGUAAAAAACCUCCUCCUUGUUGCGGCCCUUGACGUUGGCGGUCCAGAGCAGGAUGAAACUAUUCCCCCUUCUGACGAGCAGAGUAGCAUUGUUGAAGAGGAUUUGCCAGCAGGACCUGCUGGUGCUGAUCUAUUCGCCACUAGUAGAGCUGCAUCUUCUGUAAUAAGUCUUGGCGAGGGACGAGGUACUUCUAGUCCUCUAGCUGCGCAGCAGGAGACUAAGAACGAGGAAGAAGAGGUCGCCGGGCAUGCUGCAAUCCAGCUGAACGACCUUGACAACAACGACCUCGAUGCGCUGACAGUGGAAAAAAACCUCGAGGAGUUGCUUUAUGCUGAACAGAAUGUGAUAUGGAUUGCAAAAAUGCUUGGGUCUGGAAGGACGCGAACUUGUAAUGCUGUCUUUGGAUUCCAAAAAAAUCUGUAUUGCAUGACCAGCAACAGGACUCCAGUUUGUGUUACGUGGAGAGGGCAUUUCUCAUGCGGAAUAGGCACUAGGAAGCCCUCUAAAAAUCUGCGUUGCUAGAUCAUGCAUUAGAGGCAUCAAGCAUCAUACAUAACAUGCAUGACAAGUCUGGCACUCUUCCAGACCCAGACACUUUUGCAUUUGAUAUGUGAAUGAAGAUCUUGGUAGAAGUUUCCCAGAGCCAGACGAGGACGAAUUUUUCGGCAGCGGCAGUAGUACCUCCAGCAGCGUUAUCAAAUGUAAAAAUGUCUGGGUCUGGAAGAAUGCAACUUGUCAUGCUAAAUCUGAAGCAUGCAAAUAUCUGUGUUGCAUGAUUGCCAAAAGUCGUCCAGUUUUGACCAAGUCCGGAGGGAGUUUCUCGUGCAGGAUAGGCAUGAGAGAGAUCGCGCCGAAUCUGUCAUGCUAGGUCCUGCAUUCCAGACCUCAAGGGUCAUGGAAAAGCUGCAUGACAAAUCUGACAAUCUUCCAGACCCAGACAUAUUUGCAUUGGAUAAGCGUCGGGAUUCUGGAUGAAAAUGCGGAAUUUUCCGAACCGGAAGAGGACGGUGCCGCCUCGUCGUUCACACAAAUGGCGGGCAGCAAGCCGCUAUCCUUCAACAAGAGAGGAUCUUCGACAAGAAAGUCAAAUCCAUCUGCAGAGGUAGGAGCGUUGUCACAUGCAUCUCCAGGAAGUAGAACAUCAGGAGCGGAGGCUGCUGCUGCACGAGAUGAAGUUCUUGGGAACAGUGGUACUGGAGCAGGAGGCGACCACGAUUUUAGUAUUUUCCCUGACGACGAGGACGACCACGACGACCUCCUUGCUUCCUCUAAUUUAUUUCCCGCGGAAAAUGAAGAUGUAGGUGACCUGGUACUAAACGCAACCGGCACCACAUUUCUCCAAAAUAAACAAACCAUUUUAUUGGGGGAGAAUCAAGGAGAAGCAUUGUCUAUGCGGAAGCAAGCAGAUAAGUUAUCAAAUGCAAAAAUGUCUGGGUCUGGAAGAGUCGGGACUUGUCAUGCACAUUUUGCAUGACCCGUGAGGUCUGUGAUGCUGGUGCUAGCAUCACAGAUUUUUUGAGUGCUUCUUAAAUGAUGCUAAUUACGCAUAAGAAAUGCCCUCUCCGCGUGCCAAGAACUGACUCCUCAUGCUGCUCAUGCAACACAGAUAUUUUUAGAAUCCGCAGACAGCAUUACAAGUUGCAUUCUUGUUCCAGACCCAGACAUUUUUACAUUUGACAGAAGUCGCGGAUGAACAACGGGAAGACCACAGAGAGACGAGAAGGCGACAAGGAUGACGAAAAAGAGAGGUCGCGGGGGCGCACCAGCAGGGGCGGUGGCAGAAACCGGUCGCGGUCUCGAACAAGCAGAGAAGAUGACAAAGACGAUCGUCGUCGGCGUCCCGCUCGGCGCGAGGGAAGGAGCAGGAGCCGCGAGCGGGAGCGAAGCAGUGCGACGCGUCGCGACCGAGAACGGCCUAGAAGCCGAGAAAAGCCGCCAGCCCGGCCACCUCCGCGACCGCGCAGGCCCCCUCCGCGGCCGCCUGGUUACAAUCGAGGACCCCCACCACGGUAUCCGCCACCUCCCGGGCCGCGUGGUGUCCCUCCUCCGCAGGAACAGUCAGCUGCAGAGCCAGCUCCGGCUCGCACCACGCGGGCGAAAUCGAAGCCGAAGCCCCCACCGGUGGACAAGGAAUUGGUUCGCGACGAAGCACGCACGGCGGUGCAGACGGCCUUGACGCAGGGCAUGACAAAGCAGAAAGAAAAGCAGUCCAGUUACGAGCAACAGUCUUCCAGCAAAACGGCCUACAUCCUGGAAAAGGACCUGUGGAGCGCGUACUUUUCCGACUCCGUGCGAACACUGGCGAACUUGGAAAUCCUGCCGCCCGUGUGUCCCAAAAAUUGCGGCGAGGAAGGUAUUAUGCAUUGCAAAAAUGUCUGCGUCUGGGUCUGGAAGGAUGCAACUUGUAAUGCUAAUUCUGGAUCGUGCAAAAAUGAAAAUCUGUGUUGCAUGAAUGCCAAAAGCUGUCCACUCUUGACCAAGUUGAGAGGAAGUUUCUCAUGCAGAUUAGGCAUGAUAGGGAUCUCACAGAAUCUGUCAUUCUAGGUUCUGCAUUCCAGACGACAUGGAUCAUGGAAAAUCUGCAUGACAAGGCUUGGAAUCUUCCAGACCCAGACAUGUUUUCAUUUGAUAGGUGUGGAGUGCUCCUUGGAAGACUUCGCUGACCUCGAACUCCGCUGCGCGGGAUAUGGCGUUCUCAAAUGUUACAUUCUCAACUGUUACAUGAUUUGUCAUGCAAAAUUCGAGCCAGAAUCGUCGCGAUCAAGCUGCUUCGCAUGACAAAUUCUCGAAGUGCCAAAUAGGCUAAAAAUCUGUGCCAAAUCUGUCAUGCAAAAGGCGCAAUCUUUCCCCUUUUAGUUUUCCCAUGCUUGCAUCACAAACUCAUGUAACAGUUGAGAAUGUAACAGUUGAGAACGCCAUACGGGAAACUCCAAGCCGCUAAAACUGGCGGACCCCCAAGGCUGGCUCCACGUUUCGUUUGACGGGAAACCGUAUGAAAUGCAAAAGUGUCUGGGUCAGGGUCUGGAAGAUUGCGAGACUGUCAUGCUGAUCUGGCGUGACCCUUAAAUCUGUAUUGCGUGGCCACAAACAGCCUCUCUCGCCUGUCAUGCAAAAACGCAGUUUCUCAUGCGGAAUACGCAGCACAGAAGCACGAAGCAACUUGUCAUGCUCGGCGGCGCAUUACAGUGCAUUUGUUAUUGACUGACUUGCAUCACAAGUUUUCAGACCCAGACAUUUUUGCAUUUGAUAAACCGAAAGUGCAGACUUUGCAGCGGAAAAACGUGGAAGUCACCUUGGCGACCGAGGCGAAGAGCAGGCUCGCAGGGCUCGCGAACUGGUUUUCCGGUACGCGUUCCGAGGUGGCGAAUAUGAAAUGCAAAUAUGUCUGGGCGGUCUGGGAGAUUGCAACAUUCGUCAUGCUAGUCUGGCAUGCCUCUGAACUCUGUAUUUCAUGGCCGCUAAGAGGAGCUCCGCCUCCCUGUCAUGCAAAAACGCAGUUUCUCAUGCGGAAUAUGGAACUCAGAACCAUGAAAAAAACCUGUCGUGCUUGGCAGCGCAUUGUAGCGAGCUCACUAUUCCCUUCCUUGCAUUACAAGUUUCCAGACCCAGACGUAUUUGCAAUGCAUAGCGAAAGCAGAGCUGCAAGACACCUUCAAGAAGGACAAGAGCUUUCACGAGCACCUGGUUGGGGUGUCCCCGACUCAAUUCCUCGCCGCGAUGCUCAAGUCGUGGAAAAACGCCCCGGACCCGUUUGGAAGGAACGGAUUCGAUAUGGAUUGCAAAAGUGUCUGUCAUGCUAAAGCCGAAUCAUGCAAAAAUCUGUGUUGCAUGACUGCCAAAAGCUGUCCACUUUCGACCAAGUUGGGAGGGAGUUUCUCAUGCAGGAUAGGCAUGACGGAGACCUCACAGACGCUGUCAUGCUAGGUCCCGCAUGCCAGACCUCAUGGGUCAUGGAAAACCUGCAUGACAAGUUUACACCCUUCUAGACCCAGACAUAUUUGCAGUUGAUAUUCGAUCCCUUCGCCUCGCAGGAGACGUUUCUGAACAGUUUGAAGAGCGUAUUACAGUGAAAAAUGCGCCCACGACCCCAGAACUUGGAAGUAAGUAUUUGUAUUGCAAACCUUUCCAACGGAAACAUUCGCCGUCUUGCAUGUAUCAGCAUCACAGAUUUUCAAUCGUGAAUAGAAAAAAUCUGUAUUGCAAAAGAUCCCAGCAAGAGUGGCGCUUGUCAUGCAAGCGAUGCUGUAUGCGACUAGACUCUGCAUCAGAAAGAUUCAUAGUCCGUUCAUGCAAGACAAAAAGUUUUCAUUUGGAAACUUCGCAUCACAAACACAAACUUUCGGGGUGGGGGCAUCUUUCCGUUUGAUAGAGCGGCCGGGAAUUCUGUUGGUUUGAGUCGCUCUCUAUCAAGUGUAAGAAUGUCUGGGUCUGGAAGAGUGCAUGUUUGUCAUGCUUGUCUGGCAUGACUCUCAAAUCUGUCAUGCACGUUACCCAAGAGCGCCAUUUUUCUGUCAUGUAGAAACGCAGUUUGUCAUGCAGAAUAGGCAACACCUAGAAGCUCAGAAACUUGUCAUGCUGAGCGAGCACCUGUGGCCUCCUCAUGAUACGCCACCCAGCAUCACAAGUUUCCAGACCCAGACACUUUUGCAUUUGAUACUCUCCAUGAUGCAGUUCGGCACAGACUGGCAAGGCGACUGGCGAGGUACGGGAAGAAAUGGGAAGUCCAGCCUGCCACUUUACCCAACGCCGACGCUGGAGAUCCGCCCGGGCAAGGAGUGCAUGAAGGAAGACAAGGACAUCCUGCAAAAUAUCCUGUGUAAAAACGUCCCCACCCCAGAGUUGUUAUGCAAAUUUGCAAUGACAGGAGCGCUUGUAAUGCGCUUCCCCAUAACAGGCAUUUUCAAUCGUGUUUUCGCAUUUGUAAUGCUGCAAACAGAAUAAGCAGAUGGAUUUGUGAUGCGGAUGUCCUUGCUAACAUGCACUACACUGCGGACUGCAACUUGUCAUGCGUGGCUCCCACAACUUCUGGAUUUGUGUUGCUAAGUUCCCAAAUUGAUUAUGGGGCGGGGACGUUUUUACAUAUGAUACAAAAGAUGAACGACGCUAAGGCGGCCAAGGAAGAAAGUUGGCACGGCGCGGUGCAGAAUCGCUACCAGAGCAUGCAGCGAUACUUUGGGGGCGGCUCCACCAGUGAGGAAGGCGUCAUUGUAUCAAAUGCAAAAAUGUCUGGGUCUGGAAGAAUGUAAGCUUGUCAUGCAGGUUUUCCAUGGCCCAUCAGGUCUGGAAUGCGGGACCUAGCAUGACAGUGUCUGUGAGGUCUCUGCCAUGCCUAUCCUGCAUGACAAACUCCCCCGAAACUUGGUCGAAAGUGGACAGCUUUUGGCACUUAUGCAACACAGAUUUCUGCAUGAUUGGGAUUUAGCAUGACGAGUUGCAAUCUUCCAGACCCAGACAUUUUUGCAAUCCAUACAUUGCGGGGAGCGACAAAAUCCCGUUUGAGACAAAUGUGGCCGAUUUGGUAUUUCUGCGGCCAACGGACCAAAUGGUGCUUUCUCCGAAGCUGAACAUGCGGGAGUUCCGGCUUUUCACGGGGAAUGGGAAGUUCGCCUCUAUACAAGUCGAAGUUCUCGGCGAAAUUCGGUUGUACCGAUCAGAAGGCAGCAAUCGCGCAGCAAGGCCGUUGUUUUCGAAGUGGUACCUUGCUCCGGGCGCAGGUGGGAACAGGCAGAGUCCGCCGAACUCGCAGCUGUUAUCCUCUGCAAACGUAUUGUACUUCGUAGUAAUUGCAACUCUGCAUGAGCAUGACCAAUCUGAUCUCGCGUGUAAGGUACGCCAGCAACACAAAUCCCAUUUUAUUUCAUGUUGAGCAAAUUUGUAUAGGUAAUUGCCACUGAUACGAUGCUUUUGCAAUGCAUAGCUGUCCUACACUUCCAAUCUGCUGCAAGGAGAGAACAAUGCGCAAAAGAUGCAGCUUACCGUCAACCAGCCGAUCCCCUCGGGAGAGAAGUGUCCGGUGCAGCUGCAGUUAAAAAGUAGCAGCCAGCUCGGGAAGGCGGAAGACGAACAGUUCAUCGAAGAUCUGGAAGAUGCUACUGCGCUCGUCGCGGUCAAACCCAUUCUCCUGUGGCUCCUGCAUGACCCGCUCUGCGAGUCCCUGCGGCGCACUGGACUCGAGCGAACGGCAAACGGUUUUGAUCCUCUCGUGUCUGGAGAAAUUCUGCCGGCCGCGUCUUCGUUCGUCGAGGAGAACGUAGAAGAACAAGAAGGGCUGCAACGUGAAGAACUGCAACAGGAGAAAGAAGAAAAACGCUCGUCUCACCGUCUCCGCGCGGCCGCGUGUGGUGCGAGACAGGGUCCCGGGGCGGGCGCGCUGGGUAUCAAAUGUAAAAAUGUCUGGGUCUGGAAGAUUCUGACACUUGUCAUGCACGUUUUGCAUGAGCCAUGAUGUCUGUGAUGCAUCCCCUAGCAAUACAGAUUUUUUGAGGGCUCCUUGAUGCGUAUUCCGCAUGACAAGUGCCUUCUCAGCGUAGCAAAAAUUGCCUUUCCUUAGGUACUCAUGCAAUACAAAUUUUUUUGGAAUCCAAAUGCAGCAUCACAAGUUGCAUUCUUCCAGACCCAGACACUUUUGCACUUGAUACUGGGCAAGGCGGUGCAAAAGUUGAAGGCGCUGGCGGCGAAUUUUGCGUCAGACAAUCCGCUGGAGAAAUACCAAAAAUUCGGCACGAAAAAGGAGUUCUACGUGACCGCGCACUCCCCGACUCCGGCGGGCACUGCCCCUCCCGCGACCCUUCCGACCCCGGCUUUGCGACGAAUGAACAGUGAGAUGACCGGGCUGGAACGCGCGCUACACUUGCUCUUUGACCACACCAGCAAGCAGAACCUGUUUGAAGGCUUGAAAAUUGCGGCGCAAGCGAACCACGCGCGGGCAAGGCUGUACGAGAAACAACUGGCCGACCACUUGGCAAGGCAAAACAAGGCCCCGCCGAAGCCGGUGCCCAAGCCGAGUUGGUGGACGCGGGCGGCCGCGGGUCUGCGGAACAGGUUUGGGGACGACAAACAGCAGGACUUCGAAUAUCUCACGAAAAAACUGUUUCACUGUGAUUAUUUAUUUGCAAGUUUUGCAUCACAAGUUUGUUCUACAUCACAAAGGAAGUUUGCAGCCAUGCGAGCUUCCUAAGGGAAAACACGACUAAAUAAUGCAUUUUCUGGCAUGUGUAGCAAGACAGACACUUUUGCGAUGCACUUUCUGCAUGAGAAACAGUUCUUUCUUGCGAUAUCGAACUAAAAAAGAUCAAUCUUGAAUGGGAUUUCGACUCCAUGAAAAAAUACGCGGUCCACAUGCUAUAUGCAGUGCACAAGGAUCGUACUCGUACUAAUUGCGUUUAUGCAUUACAAAUCUUUUUCUUAUCCGCAUUGCAAAUUCAAUUUGUAAUGGCUAAGGCAAUUUGUAAUGCAAUUUAUACUAGUAAGAUGCUUUUGCACUGCAUAUGCUACACCCGAAACGGGAAUUUGAUUUUUCGAGCAACCGACCACAAGACGGCAACCAGGUCCACGCGGACAAAGUUCUCUCCGACUACGACUCUGUGACUACCGGUAGCGGGCGCAACGUGUACGAUUUUGGGCCGAACAACCUACCCCCGGUGCGGCUUGCGAGGUUGAUGCGGUUUCUGCAGUACAGCAAUUAUGGCCUAGCGGUGGCAGCGAAGCAGAAAAUUACCCCGGGAUCCUUCCCGGGCACGGAGCCGGGUCUGGGCCCGGGCCCCGUGGCGAUGAUCAAAGAUCCGUUCAAAAUCGCGUCGCCAUUCGACACGAACGAAAUUCUGGAGGGCCCGGGAGAAAAAUCGGACAAGACACUGAUUUUGAACUAUUUUAAGCGCAACAAAAUACCGAUGAUUGACAUCCAGGACGGCAUAUCAAAUGCAAAAAUGUCUGGGUCUGGAAGAGUGCCAGACUUGUCAUGCAGAUUUUACAUGACCCAUGACGCCUGUAAUAGAUACCCUGGCAUCACAGAUUUUUAGCGGGCUUUCUGAUGCCUAUCCCGCAUGAGAAAUGCCCUCUCCAUGUAGCACAAACUGGACCCCUCGUCUUGCUGGUCAUGCAAUACAGAUUUUUUCAAAAUGCAGAAACAGCAUCACAAGUUGCAAUCGUCCAGACCCAGACACUUUUGCAUUUGAUACGGCAUGCGCCGGGUGAUGGACGCGAGCGAAGACAUCGGGAACUCGUUCGAUCUAUCCUAUGUAAAAACGUCCCCACCCCAUAGUUCUUGUCAUGCAAAUCUGCAUGGUAAAAUGCACCUCGUUUGUGUAAGAGAUUUCCCUUCGUAAGAAAUAAGCACUUCGUAAAACGUAUCGCCAUUGCCCUCGCUCAUGUAGAAAUACCAAGCAGAUACUACAACAGACUAGCAGCGUGCGGGGGGAGACCAAUGUGGUCUCCCCCCGCCCGCUGUGACUAUUAAAAAACACACCAGAGAACUUCUUUUUUUCCAGCAGAGGCUGGUCGUGGGUUGUGGGGAUGAGAAAUAGAAACAAUAUGCUAGCACGAUUUGGAGUCAGCCGCAAGCUCUUUAAGAUUUCCGCUUCGCUUUAUUUCAGUUUUACAGCACAGACAAGCAACUAGAUACAGACUAACAGACACUAAGUUCAGAAGAAAACACUACGAAAAGCGAAGAUCUGCCUGCUAGCGCGGACAUACGAUACGCACGCGGGGGAGGAGGGGGAAAACGCAAGCGAAGCGAGAACAAGACGCGCAGUACAAUGGGCUGGAGCAGAGGACAAGAGCAGAUAGUAAGAAUAUCAAAACAAGAUGAAAAGUGCACGCAUGCACGCGCACUGCUUAACUGUGUGAAAGGUGUCGGCCCUGUUUGACCUGCUGCGGCAGGCAGGUGAAUUCGUAGAACUGCCUCACAUGUUAAGUAACGCACACCGGCCUCCUAGUUUUAGUGAUGAAUUAGUGAGUCCAAUUAGAUAACGAUGAAAAAAUUAGAUAACGAAUGACUAGAAUAACUGAAUGAUGAAAAAUUUAUAUGCGCAGCGGCUUACUGCGCAGCGUCGGUUCGUGCACGUGUGUCGCUCUUCGUUCGUUGUCUCCAGGAGCUUGAUCGUAAAUUCGUGCGCUCCUCCUGCUUUAUAAAAUUCGAUCUUCCCAUCUGCCCCCGUUUUCCCACGUAGAUUUAGAUCUCUACCCUUUUAUAUCUUCUGUCGUUUAGUUUUGUUGUUUUGCCUGACUUGCCUUCUUAGCGCUAGCCCGCGCAUCCCGCGUUCUUGCAGGGGCAGCUGUCUUUUUUUCCGCCUUGCCAGCGGAUUUUGUCGCGGGGAAGAAAGCACUCUGGGUUCAACGGUCCCCGCCCCCCCUCGUCGUGGGUUCAACGGCCCCCAUCCCUAAAGAGACCACUUAGAAAUAAUUCUACAGUAGAUUGCAAAUUUUACAGCGGUCGCCCGUUUUGCAUCGGCCGAGGCUGCACACGCGUCCGGAGUAUUUUUCACUGACGUCCCUCGGCUUGGGUCAUAUGAUGUUCUUCGUCAGGUCGCGCAGCCUCUAUUAAUGCGAUUCGGGUCGGCUGCGCCCUAUGGCUAGUAUCUGUGAUCCAGCUCGUCCAUAUAUUUCGGGUUUCGACCCGAAUAGCGCGCACUAGGCGCAACUAUCUCUUUAUACAGUGGUCUCUCCCUAUCUUUACUAUCUUUCAGUGCAGCGGCUUACUGCACUUAUCGCCCUACGGAGACUGUGAUCUGACCUCCCUCUACCUCCCCUGGUGGACGUCUGCCGCGGCUUACGGCUCUGGACGUUAACUAGGAUCGAGUGCGUUGUGCGGGUUUAGGGUUUUGAAUAUUUAAUUUUGUAUCUCCCACUGCUGCAUGCACCCUGCUGCAGAACUUGUGAUGCAAAACAACCUCCGGGUUGUUCCCGCGCUUCAGGAGUAGUUCUGUUGCGUGCGGGCAGCAGAAGAUGAGUAAUGCUGUUGGUUUAGGGGGUUGAAAAUGUUUGUGCAUGUGUAAUGCAAAAGAUGAAAAAGAUUCGCGCGUGGGAGCGCAUUUUUAAGCACAACGGGCGGGUGCCGUUCCCGCCGUCACACAAUCACAUACAAUACAAUACAACAGAGCGGGGCCCAAUCAAAAAAAAAAAAAAUCUGCAUGGUAAAAUUGUUUCUCAUGCGGAGCCCUAUGGGAAGUGUUUUCUCGUCGUGUUUGGUGGAAAUUUAUGAUGCUUGAAUCAGCAUGCUAGGCUAGGCCUGUGAUGCUGCUGGGGCUAACUAAACAGGAUAAUGCUCCGAAGCCAAAUUUGUCAUGCGCAGCAACCAAAGCUGGUGAAUUUGUCUAGCAGGAUUCUCAUCUUCACUCUGGUGUGGGGACGUUUUUCGAUAGGAUACGAGCGGCAAAUCAACGCGAACGACGUGAAGUCGCAGCAGGGCGGGCGGUUUCAGUGGCUCCACCUCGGGUGGCACCUCACCGCGACGCCCCAGCCCUUGCCCGCUUCGGGAACCACCGCACCAAACGACGUACUGUACGGCAUCCGGCGAAAGGCGAUAGGGGACGAGAUCGCUGACAUCUUGCCGGAAUUCCAGCUGUCGCCCGACACCGCGUUCAGUAUCCACGAGCAGCCGUCGGUAGGCCCACCUGGUGGCACCAAAUUUCUCGAUUUGGGGCAGCAGGUUUUGUCCCCAAUUCCGACCACGUUUCACGUCACGAACUUUUUGACAAAUUUUUGGAAGAAGCAGCCGGUAAAGCAACAGCCGUAUAUAGCCAAGGCGAUUUUGCGGGACGGCUUUGACGAAGACAACGGGUGGCACGAUGGCAUCGUUGUGAAAAUGGGUAGCAAGAAAAAGUUUGACUUCAACGAGGCCCAUAAACCGGUGGAUUCUAUGAGAGUGCACAACUCCUCCUCCCCCUCAUUUGUAUUGCAUGAGCAGCAAUGCAGACACCAGCACACGUCGAGCCUGCACAUGACAAACUCAGUCGCCUAAUGUACUGCUGUUUGGGUUUAUUCCGGAAUCUGUCAUUGAAACAAUGCCACAGGGAAGCACUUGGACUUGGGUUUUUGCAUCACAAGUGAGGGGGUAUCGGGGGGGUUGUGCACUCCUAUAGUUUCCUUCGAGAAGCCGGAAGUGGCGGCGGCCUGGUACCAAGCUUUGAUUGCGUCCAACCCGCUGGCGUCUCCGCGAGGUCCCAACCCCAUGAUGACGUUCAAGAACGGAUAUGCAUUGCAAAAGUUGUAUCGUACUAGGUAGUACAAAUUGCAUAUUUCUCAGCGUGAAAAAUAAAAAUUGAAUUUGUCAUGCUGUUUUACCUUGGAAAUGCGAUUUGUAAUGCAUCACUGCAAUUGCUACGAGUGCGAUACUUUUGCACAGGAUAACGGAGCUGGCGAGCUGAUUUUCGCCAAGAUUGCGGAGUUACUGGCGCUACUGGAACGGUCGUGCUGCGGCGAGAUCGAGUUUUUUUGCGCGAUAUCAACUGUAGAAAUGUCUGGGUCUGGAAGAAUGCAACUUGUCAUGCUGAUUUUGAAUUCUAAAAAAAUCUGUAUUGCAUGGGCAGCAAAGAGAGUCCAAGUUUUGCUACACGGAAAGAGCAUUUGUCAUGCGGUAUAGCAUCAGGAAGCCUCACAAAAUCUGUGAUGCUAGGGCAUGCAUCACAGACAUCAGAAGUCCUGCAAAAUGUGCAUGACAAACGUGGAAAUCUUCCAGACCCAGACAUUUUUACAUUUGAAACGCGAAGAAAAUUGAGACGGUCAUGGUGAAGGACGAGAGCGGCGAGUUUGCGAAGUGGAAAAAGGAAAAGCAGCAGAAGCUCGACGCCGAUGGGAGAACGGCUCUGCGCGGGGGAGCUGCUGCGAGCAGCACGACCGCUGGUGCCAGUACAACAUCGGACGAACCUCCUUUCCCCUACCCCUGGCCGGUGGCAUCGUUCUGUUCGGUGAAAGAGGAGUACGUGCGCAAAUUCAGCCUGGCGCGGGAGUUCAAGGACCCAGGUACUGGCACGAUAUGACAGUGCGCAACUCCCCCUCCCCCUCAUUUGUCAUGCAAAAACCCAAAUCCAGUUGCUCGUUGUGGCGCCGCGUGCAUGACAAAUUCCGGAAAGCCCGAUAGUACUACACUCGGAGCAUGAACCUGUCAUGCACAGGACGCACCUGUACUGGUGUUUGUAAUGCUGUUGAUGCCACGCAAAUGAUAAUGAGGAGGAGGUGGGGGGGUUGUGUACUCUCAUACACGAACGCGUUGGAUGUGAAGCAGUACGAGGUAUUUGGAAUAUCAAAUGCAAAUAUGUCUACUGGGUCUGGAAGUUUGGGAUUUGUGAUGCUAACUCUCGAUCCUACAAAAAACUGUAUUGCAUUACCAGCAAAAGGCGCUCAGAUUUUUGCCACGACCCGGAUCGGGCAUUUCUCAUGCAGGAUAGGCAUGAUGAAGCCUUCGCGAGGGCUGCGAUGCUAGAGAAUGCACCACAGGCAUCGUGGGUCAUGUACUAUAUGCAUGACAAACACCCAACUUUUCCAGACCCAGACAUAUUUGCAAUGCAUAUGGAGACAAAAGCAACAAUAGCAAACCUCCUUCACCGACCGCGUCGCUGUUCACCAUGACACAGCGAAAAAUGUACAAGAACUGCGGGCCGAUCCCCAAUCCCGAGGCAAGGCGGUCGAACUUGGAGGACUUGGUCGGCGACCGGCUGCAGUUUAACACCGGCCAAGCAGUGGAGGAUGAAAAGUGGAUCGAGGCGAUUCGGGCUGUGUUACCAGUCAUUGAAUCGGCGGUGCGGGUGUACGAUGAGGACUACUUUCACAACUUGCACCAUCAGAACGCGCACGACUACAACCUGCGGGCCUCGAACCCGGAAAGUUCGUCGUCCGAGUGCAAAGUGAACAUGAACGAGAAACUUCCGGUCGCAGAAUGGCAAGUGGGGAACAGCUAUCAAAUGUAAAAGUGUCUGGGUCUGGAAGAAUGCAACUUGUGAUGCUGCAUUUGGAUUCCAAAAGAAUCUGUAUUGCAUGAGUACCAAAGGGAAUGUAAUUCUUGCUACGCGAAGAGGGCAUUUGUCAUGCGGAAUAGGCAUCAAGAAGCUCUCAAAAAAUCUGUGAUGCUAGGGCAUGCAUCACAGACAUCAGGGCUCAUGCAAAACGUGCAUGACAAGUGUCAGAAUCUCCCAGACCCAGACAUUUUUGCAAUGCAUAACAGCAACAGCGGGACGCGCGAGUCGAAUCAAGUGCUGAUGAACCCAGAUCUACCUGCCUCCAAGGAUCCCACGGAACCGCAGAACGCCAACCUGCGCGGGUAUUUGGAAAACGAAAACCACCCUCUGUACGACGGGUCUUUCACCUCCCGUGCACUGCAACCGAUCCCAAACUUUUUGAUGAAAAUUAUCCUGAGUAAAAAGAAAAACGUCCCCACCCCAUAGUCAAGUUGGUAAAUCUGCAACACAAAUCUCCAAGGUUUGGGAGUUGUGCAUGACAAGUUUCCAUCUGCAGCGUAGUGCGGUGAGCAAGGGAAGCCGCAUGAGAAUGCCACUUUCUCACCCUGGGUACAGCAUUACAGAUUCCAAAAAACGAUUAGAAAUGCCUCUCAUGGAGAUGCGCAUUACAAAUGUGUCUGUAAUCGCAACUCUGCAUGACAGCCAUGGAGUGGGGACGUUUUUACUCAGGAUACAAAUCGAACAGGAGCUGGACGUCGUCAUUGCCGACCUGGCGGCAAUCACCGGGCUCUUCGGAUUAGCGGUAUCAAAUGCAAAUAUGUCUGGGUCUGGAAGAAUGCAAGACCUGUCAUGCAGAUUUUACAUCACCCAUGACGCCUGUAAUGCAUAACCUAGCAUCACAGGAGAUUUGUUAGAGGGCUUCCUGAUGCCUAUUCCGCAUCAGAAAUGCCCUCUCCAUGUAGCACAAACUGGGCUCCUCUUGCUGGUCAUGCAAUAAGUACAGAUUCUUUUAGAAUGUAGAGACAGCAUCACAAGUUGCAACCUUCCAGACCCAGACAUAUUUGCAUUCGAUAAGCGGCCAGCAGGAACGAGUUGCUGCACUUCAUUCCCACGACGAGAAAAGUGCUGCAGCACCUUGACGAAUUGACGACCAGAAUUGCCACCAUUUUCGAGUACGAGUAUUUGGUGCUGAAGAAAGACGUUUUGGAGCAAUAUGUGGAACUGUUUCAAUACGCAGCCUACGAACGGGUCCGACUGGGAGCGGAGAAGGACAAGAAGCGAAAUGCGGACGGCAGCGUGGUCGGGUAUAGCGGAGCGACCGCGACUACGGGUGGUGCUGGUGGCGCCACUGCUGCUGCGCCCGCGGCAGCGCCGGCCCGAAGCGGGUGGAGUUUUCCGAGACCGGGCGGGUUCCGAUGA